AAGGAUAAAAAAAAAUCAGAAAUCAAUAUCUGAGAGUAGAGUAGUGAACUGAAUAUGGAGGUCCGUGAAACGCAGAUCUGGGGAUUUUUACUGACCGUAUUGGGAUGGAUUUUCAUUGCUUGCUCUUUGGCAAUGGAGGGCUGGAAGGUGGCCGCUGCUGGCGGCCAGGGAGGCAGCUCUGUCGUCUACAUUACUUGGUAUUGGUCCAGUCUGUGGCGGACCUGCACCACUUCCUCUAAUGCUGUCUCCAAUUGCUAUGACUUUCCCAUGCUCUGGUCCGUGGAAAAUAAUGUCCAGAUUGUGAGGGCACUACUAAUGGGUGGAGUAGCCAUUGGCAUUUUGGGGUUCAUUCUGAGCCUGGUAGGGAUGGAAUGCACUUACAUAGGGGGCAAAGAGAAGGAGAAGAACAGAGCCAUCUUCAUAGGAAGCCUCUGUCAUACUAUCAGUGGUUUGUUAGCUGCAGCAGGGUAUGCUGUCUAUGCUCGCAACAUUACAGCAGAAUUCUUCAAUCCUAAUUUUGAAUUAAAGUUUGAUCUGGGCACACCAUUGUUUGUUGGAUGGGCUGGAAGUAUAUUUCAAUUUACUGGAGGGCUCUUGUACAUGAUAUCAAUUUAUAAGCUCUGGUCUCUGGACAGGAGGACAAUUGAGGAUACAGUUCCUGCUGAAGAAGCCGUAGCCCUGCAUUCCAUUCCCACAAAUAUCUCCAACUCCUCUGACCUUCCCUCCAAGGUGUCUACUGUGUCUGAGCUCUCCUUAAAGUCAUCUUCCACUUUGUCCAGUGUCUCACAUAAGUCUCACCAUCUUUCCAAAGCCUGAUGUUUUUCAAAACCUAUCAUGGGACUCAAUGUGAUUGGGACAUUCUUGAACCUCUACAUCAUCAGAAAGUGGAAAAUAUGUGCAUCUCUCUCUCUCUCUCUCUCUCUCUCUCUCUCUCUCUCUCUCUCACUCACACACAACUUUAAAACCCUGCAUAUGUAAAGUCUAGUGUGAGAGUUGAAUAAAAAGAACAAAAUUCA